AUGGCGUGCGACCGAAGACGUGUGUGGAGAAUUCUACUCUCACUCGCCGUGUACUACUCGACGACAGUCGACGGAUCGAGAGUGCGCCGUGACUCGUGUCGUGCUAGACACCUUAGCCGGGCCGAGAUAGUGGACGGCCUCUGCAUGCCAGUCCAGGAAUGCAUCCAGUCCCUGAAGGAUGUGGAGACGCUCAGAUCUCCCAUAUUCUGUGGACUUCGCGGUUUGCGGCCCAUCGUGUGCUGCCCUCUACCCGAAGAGCCCACGACGACGAGCGCCACCAUUACGACAACUGCAGCCGCGACAACUACGUCAUCGACUUCAGCCCAGCUAGAGAUAGAUCCCUGCCAAACGGAGAGUGGACAGCGGGGCACUUGCAUUCCACUUUUCAAAUGCAAGGAACUCGAGGAGCAAAUAAACCAGGGCAAGUACCCUCCCCUGUGCAGCAUCCAGGACCGCAUACUCUACGCCUGCUGCAAACGUAACGAGACACAGCCGUUGGAACCGAUUCAGGAGGACGUCUCGGCUCGCGCCCUCAAGACAUCUGAGCUCGACUACGAGAACGGAGUUUUCUGCGGGAAAACUACACCUCGACCUGAGGAUGCGCGGCACGUCGUUCCCCGUCUUAUGGUCAUCGGAGGUAUAAACGCCGCCCGGGAUUCCUACCCCUUUGCGGUAGCCAUUUUUCGAGACAAGCUGACCUUCGAGAACUUCCAGUGUGGAGGUACGCUCAUCACAAGAUCUGUCGUCUUGUCCGCAGCACACUGCUUCUACAAUACGCCUAACGACACGCAGUACCUGUGCCGUAUUGGUGACGUUAACAUCAGGGAGGAGAGCGAAGACUGGACUGUGGAGCGCAACGUGACGUCGGUGCUCGUGCACCCCGACUACAACGAGGGGCAGCACUACGCCGAUGUGGCUCUGCUGAUGCUCGACCGAUCGGCACUCGGGGAAGGCCUCAACAGGCCCCUUGCUUGUCUGCCGGACGCCGCCGCGGAGCCCGACAAAGACCAGGCCAUUGUCUUGGGCUGGGGACACAACGCGUUCGGUGGGCGUGUGCAGACCCACCUCCAGGAGGCUAAGGUGCUGCUGGUGGCGAAUGACGUCUGCAACGAGUCCUACAGCUCACUGCUGAACUACGUACGGGAGUUCCCUCGAGGCAUCAACAACGACUUUGUUUGCGCGGGGAACAUCACAUAUGGUGGCGUCGAUGCCUGUCAGCAAGAUUCAGGUGGACCCCUGGUGAUCCGAACCAUGCGGAACGGUGAACACGUCCUCGAAGUCAUCAGAAUUGUUUCCUUCGGUGUGGGCUGCGGCUCAGCGAACUUCCCCGGUGUGUACGCCCGAGUUUCGACGUACAGAAACUGGAUUUUAAACAAAAUGACUCAAGUGCUUCCCGACAGUCAAAUAGGACUGAAUACCGAACUUUACGCAUAG